AUGCCUGCUGAUGUUUCUGUCUCAUUGAGCCUCCUGCUGGCCACAUGGCACCACACACUGAUGGUGGUAGCAAGUAAGUAGUCUAGCUGUAGCUAAAUAAUACCUCUUGUUGGUCACUGACUGUCUGGCUACAUUCACCUUUCUCAAGGUCUUCACUCUUUGUCAUUCUGGUGUGUGUGUGUGUGUGUGUGUGUGUGUUGUACGUGUGUGUGGUGUGUGUGUGUGUGUGUGUAUGUGUGUGUGUGCAUGCUCACAUGUUCAUGGAGAAUGCUUCUGUUAACAGGACAGUGAUAUACUCUGACACAUGCAAUCUCUCUCUCUCUCUCUCUCGCUCGCUCGCUCGCUCGCUCUCUCUCUCUCUCUCUCUCUUGCUCGCUCGCUCUCUCUCUCUCUCUCUCUCUCUCUCUCUCUCUCUCUCUCUCUCUCUCUCUCUCUCUCUCUCUCUCUCUCUCCUCUCUCUCUCCUCUCGCUCUCUCUCUCUCUCUCCUCUCCUCUCUCCUCUCUGCUCUCGCUCGCGCUCUCUCUCUCUCUCUCUCUUUCUCUCUCCCUCAUUCUUCCAGUCUUUCAUUGUAUGUGAUGUUGUAGGAUUUAUCAUCUAUUUCUGAGGUCAGGAAGGAAUGUAGUGGGCUAAUAUUUAACUACGUGCAACCCAUAAUAAGACUAAGCAAUUCAUAUGAUUAAAGUCUAUUAAACUGAAUAUCUGACUCCAUUUAACAUUAUAGUAAAACCAUGUACAAUCAAGUAUUAUGCGUUUAGCUGACUAAGAUUGAGGAAUGGUCUUGAGAAGCUAAUUAUUUAAUAACUUUGUCAAAUGAAUGGAUUCACAUACAAUGUAUAAAGCUAUUUGCAUUGUUCACCCCACCCCCUCUUUUACGCUGCUGCUACUCUGUUUAUUAUCUAUGCAUAGUCACUUUAACUCGACCCACAUGUACAUAUUACCUCAAUUACCUCGACUAACCAGUGCCCCCGCACGUUGACUCUGUACCGGUACCCCCUGUAUAUAGCCUCCCUACUGUUAUUUUAUUUACAGGAGAAAUUAGGUGCCUUAAGACCUCUCGGUUACUGGCCCAAUGCUCCUAACCGCUGCCAUCCAGUUCUACCUGGGACCAAAAAGUGUUCUACCUGGGCCCAAUCCAACGACACCAAGUUCACAGUAACCUAAACACUCUCAGGCCCAAUCUCCACAGGGCGUCACAGCAUCUAAAGGCUUGUGUGAAGGAUGACACCAAUGUAAAUGAGACAGAAUUACUGAGAAGACAAAAAAAAUCCAUUUGCACAGAGUCAUUCAGAGUUCACGCUACACAGACACAAGUUACCACAGAGAUAAUAUAUCCAUAUAGAGAGCAUCAGAGUUAUACUCAGUGAAGAAUUUCAGAUAGAUACCAAACAUGGAUACUAUAGUAUUAGUCUAUUACACAUUCAAUAGUCAGUCCUCUGGAUACUGUAACAGAGAGAUACAUUUUGGCCCCUCAGAGGGGGAAGGGCGUACUGACCCUUAGGCAUCGCCUUGGGCCAUUUGCCAUUCGGCCGGAGGUGACAGAGGGCACAUAGAUUAUGGCCGAGCCUACAGAAUGUCAUACCAGGCUGUUGACUAUUCGGGAGGUCCUGAUGGGUCCUGCUUUGUGAUUGGUCAGGACAGACAUUUGGACGGGGUUUUUGUUUUAAUGUAAUUAUGCACACUCUAGAAUGCCCUUCAAGCCAAUCAGAAAUGAGCAUUCAACAUUGCCGUGGUAAAACGUGUGUGAGUUAUUGCUGUGUUACAACCAGCAGCACCGGCAGCUCCAGUCAACGUAUCAAUAACCCAGCUGAGAUCAGACUCUGCCACCAUCACCUGGAGUGUACCACAGGGAGACACUGUCAUUGGAUACGUCAUCUCACAACAGGUAGGAGAUAAUAUGGGGGGGAAAAAAUCUAUAUAUAUAUAUAUAGUAUUAUAGUAGUACUAUAGCACUACCAGUCAAAAGUUUGGACACACCUACUCAUUCAUUUUUUGGGGGGGACUAUUUUUUACAUUGUAGAAUAAUAGUGAAGACAUCAAAACUAUGAAAUAACACAUAUGGAAUCAUGUGGUAAACAAAAAAGUGUUAAACAAUUAAAAAUAUAUUUUAUAUUUGAGAUUUGAGCUUCACCUGGAAUGCUUUUCCAACAGUCUUGAAGGAGUUCCCACAUAUGCUGAACACUUGUUGGCUGCUUUUCCUUCACUCUGCGGUCCGACUCAUCCCAAACUAUCUCAAUUGGGUUGAGGUCAGGGGAUUGUGGAGGCCAGGUCAUCUGAUAAAGCACUCCAUUACGCUCCUUCUUGGUAAAAUAAACCUUACACAGCCUGGAGGUGUGUGGGGUCAUUGUCCUGUUGAAAAACAAAUGAUAGUCCCACUAAGCCCAAACCAGAUGGGAUGGCGUAUCGCUGCAGAAUGCUGUUGUAGCCAUGCUGGUUAAAUGUGCCUUGAAUUCUAAAUAGAUCACAGACAGUGUCACCAGCAAAGCACCCCCACACCAUAACACCUCCUCCUCCAUGCUUUAUGGUGGGAAAUACACAUGAGGAGAUCAUCCGUUCAGCCACACCGCGUCUCACAAAGGCAAGGCUGUUGGAACCAAAAAUCUCCAAUUUGGACUCCAGACCAAAGGACACAUUUACACCGGUCUAAUGUCCAUUGCUUAUGUUUCUUGGCCAAAGCAGGUCUCUUCUUCUUAUUGGUGUCCUUUAGUAGUGGUUUCUUUGCAGCAAUUCGACCAUGAAGGCCUGAUUCACGCAGUCUCCUCUGAACAGUUGAUGUUGAGAUGUGUCUGUGACUUGAACUCUGUGAAGCAUUUAUUGGGCUGCAAUUUCUGAGGCUGGUAACUCUAAUGAAUUUAUCCUCUGCAGCAGAGGUAACUCUGGGUCUUCCAUUCCUGUGGCGGUCCUCAUGAGAGCCAGUUUCAUCAUAGCACUUGAUGGUUUUUGCGACUGCACUUGAAGAAACUUCUUGAAAUGUUCUGGAUUGACUGACCUUAAAGUAAUGAUGGACUGUCAUUUCUCUUUGCUUAUUUGAGCUGUUCUUGCCAUAAUAUGGACUUGGUCUUUUACCAAAUAGAGCUAUCUUCUGCAUAUCCCCCCUACCUUGUCACAACACAACUGAUUGGCUCAAACACAUAAAGAAGGAUGAAAUUCCACAAAUUAAUCUUUAACUAGGCACACCUGUUAAUUGAAAUGCAUUCCAGGUGACUACCUCAUGAAGCUGGUUGAGGGAAUACCAAGAAUGUGCAAUGCUGUCAUCAAGGCAAAGGGUGGCUAUUUGAAGAAUCUCAAAUAUAAAAUAUAUUUUGAUUUGUUUAACACUUUUUUGGUUACUACAUGAUUCCAUAUGUGUUAUUUCAUAGUUUUGAUGUCUUCACUAUUAUUCUACAAUGUAAAAAAUAGCAAAAAUAAAGAAAAACCAUGGAAUGACUAGGUGUUUCCAAACUUUUGACUGGUACUGUAUAUAUAAAGCAUACAUACAGGGCCUUCGCAAAGUUUUCAGACCCCUUGACUUUUUCCACAUUUUAUUACGUUACAGCCUUAUUCUAAAAUGGAUUAAUUUAUUUAUUUUUGCUCAUCAAUCUACACACAAUACCCCAUAAUGUCAAAGCGAAAACAGGUUUUUAGAAUGUUGCAAAUUUAUUAAAAAUAAAAAACUGAAAUACCUUAUUUAAAUAAGUAUUCAGACCCUUUGCUAUGAGACUCGAAAUUGAGCUCAGGUGCGUGCUGUUUCCAUUGAUCAUCCUUGAGAUGUUUCUACAACUUGAUUGGAGUCCACCUGUGGUAAAUUCAAUUGAUUGGACAUGAUUUGGAAAGGCACACACCUAUCUAUAUAAGGUCCCAAAGUUGACAGUGCAUGUCAGAGCAAAAACCAAGCCAUGAGGUUGAAGUAAUUGUCCGCAGAGCUCCGAGACAGGAUUGUGUCGAGGCACAGAUCUGGGGAAUUUAUGCAGCAUAGAAGGUCCCCAAGAACAUCUUUCCAUCAUUCUUAAAUGGAAGAAGUUUGGAACCACCAAGACUCUUCCUAGAGCUGGUCGCCCGGCCAAAUUGAGCAAUCGGGGGAGAAGGGCCUUGGUCAGGGAGGUGACCAAGAACCUGAUGGUCACUCUGACAGAGCUCCAGAGUUCCACUGUGGAGAUGGGAGAAUCUUCCAGAAGGACGACCAUCUCUGCAGUACUCCACCAAUCAGGCCUUUAUGGUAGAGUGGCCAGACGGAAGUCACUCCUCAGUAAAAGGCACAUGACAGCCCGCUUGGAGUUUGCCAAAAGGCACCUAAAGGACUCUCAGACCAUGAGAAACAAGAUUCUCUGGUCUGAUGAAACCAAGAUUGAACUCUUUGGCCUGAAUGUCAAGUGUCAUGUCUGGAGGAAACCUGGCACCAUCCCUACGGUGAAGCAUGGUGGUGGCAGCAUCAUGCUGUGGGGAUGUUUUUCAGCUGCAGGGACCGGGAGACUAGUCAGGAUCGAGGGAAAGAUGAACGAAGCAAAGUACAGAGAGAUCCUUGAUUUAAAAUCUGCUCCAGAGCGCUCAGCACCUCAGACUGGGGCAAAGGUUCACCUUCCAACAGGACAACGACUCUAAGCACACAGCCAAGACAAUGCAGGAGUGGCUUCGGGACAAGUCUCUGAAUGUCCUUGAGUGGCCCAGCCAGAGCCCGGACUUGAACCCAAUCGAACAUCUCUGGAGAGACCUGAAAAUCGCUGUGCAGCAAAGCUCCCCAUCCAACCUGACAGAGCUUGAGAGGAUCUGCAGAGACGAAUGGGAGACACUCCCCAAAUACAGGUGUGCCAAGCUUGUAGCGUCAUACCCAAGAAGACUCAAGGCUGUAAUUGCAACAAAGUACUGAGUAAAGGGUCUGAAUACUUACGUAAAUGUAAUAUUUAAGUGUUUUAUUAAAAUAUUAAUUUGCAUAAAAAUCUAAAAAACAGUUUUUUCUUCGUCAUUAUGGCAUAUUGUGUGUAGAUUGAUGAGAUUUUAGAAAAAGGCUGGAAAGUAAACAAAAUGUGGAAAAAGUCUGAAUAGUUUCCAAAUACAUUGUAUAUGUGUGUGUGUGUGUGUGUUUGCAUGUAAUAUAGCCAAACAGUAUGCUAUUUGAUAUAAUAUUACACAUUGUGUGUGUGUGUGUAGAGGCAGGACGGGCUGAUGCAGCGCUCCAUUCGGGAGGUGAACUCGUCAAGUCGAGCGUGUGUGUUGUGGGACCUGGAUGAAGACACACACUACAGUGUACAGGUAGAGGUUGGAGGUCAUGGAUUAGAGGUCAGGGGUCAGAGGUCAAGGUUUAGAGGUCAGGGUUUAGAGGUCAGGGUUUAGAGGUCAUGGUUUAGAUUAGGGCUGGACGGUAUGACCCAACACAUGAAUCCUAAGUGGUUUUAAUGGCUUUCUGUCACAAUCGCUAUAAGCAACGGACCAAGGCGUAGCGUGAUAUGCGUACAUCUUUUAAUGAGUACUUUAUAACAAUAACAAAACAAUACGUGAAGUCCUAAGGUUAACAAAUCACAAACCUCUCCGGAACAAGAUCCCACAAAUGACAAGUGCAAAACAGGCUGCCUAAGUAUGGUUCCCAAUCAGAGACAACAAGCCACAGCUGCCUCUGAUUGGGAACCACCCCGGCCAACAUGGAAACAAAUGAACUAGAACAUGAACAUAGAACACUAAACAUAGAAACUAACACCCUGGCUCAACAUAUAAGAGUCCCCAGAGCCAGGGCGUGACACUUUCUCCAUUCUGAUGGUUUUAUUGUAAUCCAAACUAGGACAAAACUGACAGUAAAGUCGUAUAAUUUGUAGAACUUUUCAUUUAUUUAGUACACAAAAAAAAAGUGCUCUCUAGAACCUAAAAGGGUUCUUCGGCUGUCCCCAUAGGAGAACCCUUUGAAGAACCCUUUUUUGUUCCAUGUAGAUCCCUUUCCACAGAGGGUUCUACAUGGAACCCAAAGGAGUUCUACCUGGAACCAAAAAGGGUUCUCCAAUGGGGACAGCUGAUGAACCCCUUUGGAACCCUUUUUUCUAAGAGUGUACUCUAUCAACAUAAUUUAGACGGUAUUGUAAAGAUCCAAACUGGUAUGUGGAUCCAUGCUGGUAUACCUUAAAAUAUGAUAUAUUGCCCAGCCCUAGUUUAGAGAGCAGGGGUCAGAGGUCAUUAGUUUAUUAGCAGAAGCAGAAGCUACUCUUACCUGGGGUCCACAAAAAACACUGUAAGUAACAAAAUAACAAAACACUGAAAACACCGAUAGACAAGGACAGUCACAUACAUUUAAAAUACAACGAAAUACAAACAAUACAACAACAACAAAAAUGGUGUGUUAGAGUGUGUGUGUGUGUGUGUGUUAGUGUGUGUGUGUGUGUGUGUGUGUGUGUUAGAGUGUGUGUGUGUGUGUGUUAGAGUGUGUGUGUGUGUGUGUGUGUGUGUGGUGUGUGUGUGUGUGUGUGUUAGAGUGUGUGUGUGUGUGUGUGUGUGUUGUAGGGUGGUGUGUGUGUGUAGAGGUGGGUGGGUGUGUGUGUGUGUGUGUGUUAGAGUGUGUUGUGUGGGGUGUAUGUUGUGUGUGUGUGUGUGUGUGUUGUGUUAGGUGUUUGUGUGUGUGUUGUUGUGUGUGUGUUGUGUGUGGUGUGUUUUUGGUGUGUGUUUUGUGUGUGUGUUUGUUAUGUUGGGUGUUGUGUGUGUGUUGUGUGUGUGUGUGUUGUGUGUGUGUGUGUGUGUGUGUGUUUGUGUGUUUGUGUCUGUGUGGUGUGCCCCUUCACAGUCCCUGCAUUCAAUUUCAAACCAACUUUACACAAACUGUGUGGAAGCAUUGGGCGUCAACAUGGUCCAGCAAUCCCUGUGAACGCGUUUCGACACCAUUGUAGAUUCCAUGGCCACCGACGAAUUGAGGCGUUUCCUGAGGGGCAAAAGGGGGUGUCAACACCAUUACUCAAUAAGCUGAACAAAAAUUAGUAAACGCAACAUGUAAAGUGUUGGUCCCAUGUUUCAUGAGCUGAAAUAAAAGAUCCCAGAAAUGUUCCAUAUGCUUAUUUCUCUCAAAUGUUGUGCACAAAUUUGUUUACAUCCCUGUUAGUGAGCAUUUCUCUUUUUCCGAGAUAAUCCAUCCACCUGACAGGUGUGGCAUAUCAAGAAGCUGAUUAAACUGCAUGAUCAUUACACAGGUGCACCUUGUGCUGGGGACAAUAAAAGGCCACUCUAAAAUGUGCAGUUUUGUCACACAACACAAUGCCACAGAUGUCUCAAGUUUUGAGGGAUCAUGCAAUUGGCAUGCUGACUGCAGGAAUGUCCACCAAAGCCGUUGCCAGAUAAUUUAAUGUUAAUUUCUCUACCAUAAGCUGCCUCCAACAUCGUUUUAGAGAAUGUGGCAGUACGUCCAACCUGCCUCACAACCGCAGACUAUGUGUAUGGCAUCGUGUCAGCGAGCGGUUUGCUGAUGUCAACGUUAUGAACAGAGUGCCUCAUGGUGGCGGUGGGGUUAUGGUACGGACAACAAACACAAUUGCAUUUUAUCGAUGGCGAUUUGAAUG